AUGUCUGACUUGUUGCUUUGGGGUUGGUCUCCUAGUAAACCAGCGGAGGAAGGCAAGGUUGAUUCUCCUCAAAAACCUGACAGCCAUGAAGUUGCUCAAGAGGAGAAAUUGACUACUGCGCCGUCGUCGUCAGCAUCCGCAACGAAGAAGACGUCGCCAUCAGCGCAGACAAAAAAGAGCUCGCUUCUUGCGGCGGCUGCGAUCCCCACUACUUUGAAUCGGUUGCAGUCCCUUUAUGCGCCGUCCUUGCUGAACAAGCAGAGAAAACGUCGUCCGGCGGGGGCAAACGUGCCAAAUACCUUCUAUGUGUCCGAUCUACCGCUAGACAUUGUACCCAAGACGAAGCUUUCCAUCCUUACAGCAUUUCCGUAUCCGUUUCAGCGCUCCAACUCAAAAAUCAAAAAGCAAGCACUCCAACGUUUCAUCACCAGUGGUGCAAAAGACAGUUCCCUCCACUCUGCUUCGCAAAGUGCGGCAGUCCGAUGGCACGAAGCCUUGCAUUAUUUUGUGCACCCCGCAGCCUCGGUGCCGUCGUCAAUCUUACUCAACCGCGCUACUGCUGCAAGUACCAGCGAGCCUUUGUUGGGAGGACCUAAAGGCGAGCGCAAGCGGGAAGAGAAGGCAUUUUUCACGGCACGGUGGAACACAUGGCAAGAGGCAUUUCGCGACCUGUACAUGAACUUUCGUCGGCAGUCGACAGGUUCCAGUACUGAUGGAUCGUUCUACCUCCGAUCAAGCGAUUACGUGGUUUGCUUUGUGUAUGAUGUUGGUGCCGCCAGGAAGAAAGAGACUUCUUCAUCGAUAAUCAGUCUUUGCCGCCAGCACGAUAUGGACACGGAGUCGUCCGACGAAACAGAGGAAGAAGCCAAGCCUACCAAAAAAGUGAAGAAGUGCAAGCUCUACGCAGUGAUGUCUCAAUCCAACUCAAGAAUUCGCAAGGUAUUGCAUCAUCUUAACGUGGAGUACUCGAUGCCCUACGUCAACGCGAACCAGACUGAGCGCGAGGCUGGGGAGUUCCACCUUUUGGAGGAGGAGCAGGAAGCGAGCAGAUCGAGGAACAAGAAUGCAAGUGGUGGUGGUGGUCUUGUCGCGCCCGUGACUCGCGCAGCACCCUCUCAGGAAAAUAUGCACGGUGCCGACUCGCUGCUUCUCUUCCAUGGCCACGACGCUGUGCACGGGGUAUAUGAGUUUCUCAUCAACCGAGCGCCCAUGUCAAACCAGGAUGUUCCUGAACUCUACGCUUUGCAUCCGUUCGCCAACGCCACGAUCCAAAGCCUGCAAGUGACGUCGUACGGGCGUGUUAGCGGCCUUGCAACUGGACCAUCCUCAGAAGAGCAGCCAUCUCGAACAGCUACACUUUUCCGGACGGAGGUGCUGGGCUUUUGCUUCCCUUCAAGCAUUGAAAAACUGCUGGACGUGUUGAAGGACGAGUGGGAAGCAAUGAAGACAUCCGAGGAGACUGCCGCCGAAGACUCGGAGGUCGCGUUGAGGACGUACAUGGAAGCAGUGUCCGGUGCCGAGCGAUUGAACGCGGCCAAACUGGACGAGCAGACUGCUGCUGAAGAGAAGCAGCGACAGAAGCGUCAGCAAGAGCUCGAAUUUUCUAAGCGGCGAGUGGAGGCUGUGGUAGUGACGAAACUGGAAAGCCGCUACGUUGUGGAGACUACGACCCGGCCGAUCGUGGUAAAGCGGUAA